AUGUGUGAGCUGACUGCUUUCCCCCGUAUGUCCUACCUGUUGCUUUGCAUUCUGGCUAUGACCUUGGUGACAUCUGGCUUCCCUCAGCCUCGACUACAUGUCAGAAGUCCUGAUGAUUCAGAGGAACCUAAACGAGACGACUGGGAUGUCCUCUUCCCCUCCAUCUCACUCCGUGAUUGGAGCAUUCAAAUGAUGUCAUCGCCCAGCCUCGCAGCCGCAGCUGAUAGCAAGGCGAGACUGAUGAGGGAGGCGUGGCUGUUUGCCCCUGAGAGGGCAGAGGAGAGCGGGGAGAGGGCGUGGCCUGCUGAAUGGUCGACUCAGGGCGCCCGCAUGGUAAAGAGGAACAUGGUUGUGGCUGAUGACGCUGCCUUCAGAGAGAAGAGUAAACUCCUCACCUCCAUGGAGAGACAGAAGUGGCUCAACUCCUACAUGCAGAAACUACUGGUGGUUAAUUCUUCAUGA